AUGAUAGGAAGUCAAGUCCAGACCUUUUUUGACCAAAUCGGGAUAAUUUCAAGAGCCGAAAAGACGAGUCAGCGAAAAUGCCCAGUACAAGCAACAUUGAUGCAUGAUCGAUGCUGGUUUUGUGCUUGUGCUCCUUGCAUGUCGGAUGUUCUGUUUCUUAUCGACCAGUCGGCGCUAGUUGACCCGAUAGAAUGCAGAUCAGCUCUGACCGAAUUCGACAUUGACCUCCCUUCUGAAGAUGGAGUCAAUAAUUUCAACCGCUUCGAAGGAUCCCGAAAGCAAAUUGAUUUUGUGAUGGACACUGUUCGCCAGCUGUACUAUUACGUCGAUCCAGAAACAAAGCAGUAUGAAAAUAUAGGUCGUAUUAACAUUGGCGCCGUACGAAUCGCCGUUGCAAUCUAUGGCGACUCAUCGAACUACGAGACGUUGGUUGACUUUAAUGAGACCUUCAGCCAAGAUGUGCUCUUGAAGACGACAAGGGGAGUUGGGGCAGAAGAUCCCAGGAACUUUGGAAGCGGAUUUAUUGGGUUGGAGAAGUUUCAUUGCAAAUUAUAUGGAUAUACCGAUGAAAAUAUCAAUAAUUGUCUCAAUGGACCUUGGGUAGAUAAUGAAGGGUCACCAGUAGAAAAUCCGACACCAUAUGCAUUCGAUCCGGUUUAUCAGGGUAGACCAGGAAAUUUUAUGAGGGAGCCUCUUUGUGGAACAGGCGGUCUCAAAGAUGCAAUUGUUAAAACAGCUACUUUUGAAGAACAAAACUGGCGAAAAUGGGAUCCGCAUUUCAACAGCCCGGGUUAUCCUCUGAAUAAUACAGAAGAAUGGCAAUACGACUUCACGACAUACACUCCGAUCGCCAAGAUCCUUGCAAUGACUGCAGGAGGACCUUUUGUUGGAACCGCUUUUGAGAAUGAACAGGAACUGCUGAGCUUCAUGAGGCCCUUACACGAUCCGAUAGAAGGCGCCUUUGACUUUAUUUUUCCAGUAGGAAUGCUGAUAAAUGAAACGAUCGGAAACAUAACUUACACGAGAACAGACGCUGAGGAGGAACAAUAUUGGAGAGGAUUGAACAUUAUCGGCUGUUUGACGCCUGAAUCAUGUGACUACGCACUAAUGGCAUCUCCAUCAAACGGAACAAACGGAGUCGAUCCGCAAAAUUUUGUGAACAAACUAUUCGAAGAUUCUUUUUGGGAUAAGUUCUUCUGCUACUACCGGAGCUGGAAUUAUUUCUGCGAAAUUGAACCCUAUCAUUUUAAUGUCACCAACACACAUACCGCUAGAAAUCGUCGUGCAGCGGAUUCUUAUGAUACGAGUAGCUAUCCAAAUUCGUGUUGCAAUCAUGUUCCCUACAAUACUGAUGAAUUUGAUUGUUGCCCUGGAGGAUAUUCGCCUGAUUAUCUCAAGCCGGUAGGAGAAUGCCCGCCUCCCCCUCCCAGUGACAAUACAACCUCGGAAGACAACGAAGAAAGUCCUGCAGAAGAAAGAAAAAGACGAUCGGCUCAUUCUUAUGAUGGACCUCGUGAUUUAUGA